UAUCCCUUUAAGGACUGACAUCAGGUUUUACCACGUGUGUUUGCUUAUAAGACACAAUACGUAACUAUAGAUGUUGUCAGUUAUUUAGAAGAAUCUUUAAGACGCUUCGUUACAUUGUAGUGUACUCGUUUUAAGAGAAUAACUCAUAAAUUAAAGUGCGUAAAAGACAUUAAAACCGUUAUUGCACGACAGUUCAAAACGGUUGAGCUGAAGUAGACGUUUCUAGUCAAGCGCAUCCUCCAUCACUCUCAUCGGGUUCCAAAGCUUUAUUAGCUUACAAAGAUUAACGUGUUUAACCUUUUGCUCCUCGCCCAGCUUUAUUCCUUUCCUAUGGAAGUUCUUGCGCAGCACGUUUGCGUCUUCGUUCCAAAAACACGGUCGUUAAUAACCUUCCAGUGCGUUUCAGUCACCGCCAUUUCACGUUAGCGCCUGGGUUCGACGUGAACCAGCGUCAACUCGUUAACAGUGCAGCGACAAGAAGAAGAAGAAAGUGAAAUCGACGCUUCGUUUGACUUAAGCAGUUCUGACAGGAGGGAAAACCCACUGACCUGCCAGCCUUCAAAUGACCGUCUGUAUUGUAAACAAGUGUCCAACACGUGCACAGCUGCAUACAGGCUGCUACAUAUUAAUUUAAUAUAAUAUACAGAAUAGUUUUUUUUUUUAUCAUAAUGGUUUUCUGCUCUAUGGAGUUCGGGCUUUUAUCCAUUAGUCCGCCUUAAUUUGCCUGUUUUUCGAUGGUGUGUCUGAAACGCGUGAAUGACAGCUAUUUGCAUCUCACACAAGGCUCGCUUUGAAUAACAAAAUGAAGUCGAGGAAAAAAAGCAAUUUAUCUUUAAACAUGCGACACACGCCAAUCCUACACACAAUGCAGUGUUUAUUUGGACUUGAAGUAUUUUCUUUAUUAUUAUUAUGAUAUUAUUAAUGGCAUAGAACACCCCAAAAAUUCAAAGGUUGUUUCCUUUUUAAUAAAGAAAUCGGUUUAUAUCUGGGACGCCACCAAUUUGUAGAUUAACCGUUUAAAAUAAUCUAUAUUGUUAUCAUUUAGACUAGUGAUUAAAGUCUAGACGCGUGUAUUUGUCUGUUAUGCCAAGUAGGAAAAUUAUAUGACCUGCCCGACCCGACAUGUUUCUAGUCAUUUUUGGUUUUUGCAAAGCAUUGUGCAUCACCGUGUCCAUAGCUCUUUUCCGACUUAAAAAUGCAAAUACGUCAUGUCAAACUCAACAUCUGAGAUCAUACAUAAGUCAUAACCAGACAUUCAUGAGAGCUAAAUCUGGAUCAUCAGUGGGGUCAUGAUGGAUCGCUUCAUGCUGCUGCUCAUAUGUCUUUCAGGUAAUACCUGUCCAGAGGAAACAAUCAUCGGUUUGACCUUCCCACUCGCUGCGAUCGGUCAGAUUAGUUAUUCAACACAGCUUUGCCCUCCAGGAACAGCCAGUGCUGGUACUCCCAUGGCCUCAGCUCAUUGUUUGAAUUCAACAACUUUGCACAUUCCCACAUUUAAUUGGAUUACAUUGCUGGACUGCGGCUUGGAGGUGGUCGAAAGCAAAGCCAAUGGAAUCCUGGAAGGGAAUAUGGACGUUGCCUCCAGUGUCCAGAUGCUUACAUCUAAAGCCGAGCAGCUGACGUCCUACAACAUCACCUCAGCUGCUACGAUCAUCACUAAUCUGCUGUCUGCCACCGUGUUAAAUGAGUCGGUUGUAGAGUCAGUGGUGGCUUCCAUCAGUCAACUCAUGCAAACCGAUAAAAACCAAUACUCUGAAGACACCUAUGAUGCUUUUGAGAGUCUUACAAAGGCUUUGGAGGAUUUUGCUUUGAACAUGAGUAGCAUUAACUCCAGUGUACUGGUGCAACCAAACCUAGCGCUGCAAAGCAUCAGGUUGUCAAACUGGACCUCACAAGUGCAAUUCUACGCUAUAACAGGACUGUCAGAGAAUUCUCCCAAAAGAAUCAGUUUGCUUGCAGAUGGUGCUAACAUGACAUCCCCUUCAGGAAGUCCCACUGAUCUCCUGUUAAAUAUCAAACUGCAGAAUGAUUCCCAGAAAGAUUGGGGGAACAGAAAUCUCAGUAUUGGAGUGGUGCUUUAUGAAAAUGAUCGUUUUUUCAGCUCUAAACAAUUUAAGACUGAACUCGAUACCAAGAGAAGAGUGGUGUCUGCCAGCCUCACGGACAAAAGCUUGCUUGAUAACGUGGAGUUCAGCAUCAUGCCUGAGAAUAUGUCUGGCUCCAUUUCCGACUUUGCAUGUGUGUUUUGGGACUAUGCUCGUAGAGACUGGAGAACAGAGGGCUGCGUCAAAAUACGUAAUCCCAAUGGAGUGCAAUGUAAAUGUAACCACACCACCAACUUUGCAGUUCUUGUGAGCUUUAGAGCAGACUACACUUAUUCGGAGGCUUUAAACUGGAUCAGUAUUGUGGGAUGCAGUCUGUCUAUCGUGGGUUUGGUCCUCACUGCGGUUUAUCAAAUUAAGACCAGGAAACAAAGAGGAGCCCUCUCCACCAUGCUCUUGGUGAACAUCUGUAUCUGCAUGACCACCUACUACCUUCUCUUCAUUUUUGGGAUCAACAAUCCGGUCCAGAGCUCAUCGGUUUCAGAGAAGAAUGUUAUUCCUUCUUCAGAUGUGCAGGAGACAGUCGAUCAGGGUCCUUGUACGGCGAUCACAGCCCUGCUGCAGUACUUCCUGCUGUCCACGUUUGCCUGGAACAUCUUGUAUGCGGCUCAUGUGUUUUUCCUCAUUAGAAAUGCCCUCAACGGUCCGCCCAAAGCUUUCCGCACCAUCGCCAUGACUGUCGGCUGGGGUCUGCCUGCUGCUAUUGUUGGCAUCUCUCUGUCCACCACCUACAGCUUUAGGGACCCUUUAGGUUAUCGACAAGAGGCGUUCUGUUGGUUGGCGUCUCUGGACAAGGCGGGAAGGUUUGAUCCGAAGCGGCCGAUGUUGUGGGGUUUCUUGCUCCCUCUAGCGGUCAUGUUGUGUUUUAACACAUCUCUUCUCGUCUAUUUCUCUCAAACCAUCUGCUGUGCGAAUCCCAACCUCAAGAGCUCACGGGGGACUCCUAUGAAGAAGAAGAUUUUGAGCAGUUUCUCUCUGGCCGUGGUGCUCGGUUUGUCCUGGGUCGUUGGCUAUUUUGUGCUUAUUACUCAUGAGAAAACACUUUACAUCAUUCUCAGUGUGGUCUUCUGUCUCUGCAACACGACGCAGGGUCUUCAGAUUUUUCUUUUUUUCACACUGCUGUCUUUUGUAAAGACAAGGUCCAGAAACAAACUGGAUUCUAAGACUGAAUCAAAGGGGGAACCUUAAAAACCGAAGCAGAAGGCAGAGGACGACAGACAAGAACAUCAAUUCUUGUUUUAUUUUAAAGCACUGUAUUUUUAGUGAAAGGAAACUCUAUGUCUGGUGUCUUGUGUACUUAUAUUUUACAAGUAGAUAGAAAGUUUCAGAUGUAAUCAAUGGUCGUAUUGUAAAACUUAAUUCAGGGAGGAGGAUGUUGUUGUCUAAUUUUUUUCAAAAAGGUUUCUAUUCAAUGAAAACAAUAUGCCUUAUUAAAUGAACUAUUAUUUA